AGAAGAGUUGGGCACUGCAGAAAAGCGACUACAGGCAGAGCAGCUUGUCGCAAGUUGUUGCCGGAUGACAUUUUUGCAAGACAGGAAACGAGAGAAGCAGAGAGGCAAAAGCAGAGUAGGCACGGACUAUUUUGUCAUCUGUAUGCACACAUUUAAUUUAGUUUGAAGUAACAUUGAGAGGAGAGAAAAACUGAAUAUCUAAAAUGGGCACUGAGGAAAAAGAUUCAGAGCAAGCAGCUCAACAACCACUGAAGGACCAAGGAUCACCAGAAAAGGAAAAUGAAGCUCCAGCAGAGCAUCCUCCAGGUCAAGCAUCCGAGACCACGGACCCUCUCAACACAUACAAAUGGCAUACCGGCUCGAAGGGAACGCUUAAUGAGGUGAAAGAAGACAGAGAAGAAGGAGCGUCUUCUGCAACGUCUACAAUCGAUAGAUUUCAGAAGGCCUCAACCACCAAAUGGAACAAGAUGCAAAACUGGCGCAAGGCCCUGAGUGAGGAAACUGCAGACAAAAAUUCAACUGGUAAAAAUGGAGAGGCAACCAAGUCGGAUAAGGGUGCCACAUCAUCCCGAAAGAACCCCUUCAGAAGGGCCAUGUCCGAGCCUCCGGGGUCAUUGUUUGCAGCCCGGACCCCCUCCUCCAGCACUGCCAACACGUCUCACGCAGCUCCAUCGUCAGCUGCUGCCGAGGCCUCAGGGGUCUCCCCCACAGACCCUUCUCAGCGAGGAGGUGGAGGAGCACUCUUUAAAAAGUACCUGAAGACGGUGUCUCAGAAGCUCAAAAGGCCCAAGCUUCAGAGCCGGAACAGCACCCCUUCAUUACUGCCAGAAUUGGAUGAGGUUCAACCUGUACAUGCGACCCUCGCUGAACUUCCAAGACUACAAUGGUUACCACCUCAGGAGGUUCCAUUAUGGGACAUUAGCAACUGUAUUCUUGAAGAUGGACAAAUUCUCAUUCCCCCAGAGGAAGAGCCAACAUUGUGGACCCGAAACCGCUGCCUGUCCAACGUCAGCGCGCAGAACUCCAUAGAUAUUGACACAGAAUGUAGCCCUGACAAUGUGGGCAUGGCAGGAGGCUUUCGAUCAAAGACCCAAGAUGGCGGUGUGAGGGCACGGAUUAAGCGACAAUUUGACAAGGCAAAGAAGAAUAGCACCACUCAACUGAAUACCAUGGGACUAAAAGGAAACAGGCACUUUGGCUCCCGGGAGUCUGUGUCAAUUCCCGUCGGUGCACUAGGAAGUCUGAAUCUGAGUGCAGACACCAGCACUGUCAUCAGACCGGUCCACAGCUCUAUUUUGGGGGAGAAAUACUGCUUUGAGGUGAUAAACUCUGAGAACACACACUGCUUUGGCUGCUCCUCAGCUGCAGAGCGCGACCGUUGGAUUGAAGACCUUAGACGGGCUGCCCAGCCUAAUAAGGAUAAUAUUGAGCGCACAGAGAACUCGUUAAGUCUGUGGGUAAAUGAAGCUAAGGAUCUGCUACCCAAACGGAGUUAUUACUGUGAGGUACACCUAGACGGGACCCUAUUUGCCCGCACUAGCAGCCGAUCUGUUGGCAAGGUACCUAACCGCUCCAGCCUGGCAGGGGACAUCUCUACUGGGUCUUCAGGAGGCCAGGGGGGCAGUGGAGGUGUGGCUGGAGGGUGUCAGCUGUUCUGGGGUGAAUUCUUUGAGCUAGACAACCUGCCCUGCGUUUCCCAAAUCACCCUGCACCUCUUCCGCGAAGAGGACCCCAAAAAAAAGCGUCACUCCCGAGACGAGACCAGCCUGCAUCCACUGGGCAGCGUGGCCAUACCAUUAGCUGAGAUCCGAGGUAGGACCUAUCAGGAAAAAUGGUAUCCCAUCACUCCAUACAAGGCCACUGGCUCAGCUGGGAAAGAACUUCUGGGCCAACAGGCUUCCCUUCGCAUCAAGGCCCGUUUUCAGAAUCUGCAGGUGUUGCCCAUGGAGAAAUACAAGGAGUUUGCAGAGUAUGUGACAUUGGAUUAUGUGGAAAUGUGCAGAGGUCUGGAGCCACUUCUCAAUGUGAAGGAGAAGGAAGAGCUAGCAGGAGCUCUGGUUCAUGUGCUGCAGAGUAUCGGCAAGGCCAAGGAGUUCCUCAUUGAUUUGGGUGGUGCAGAGGUGCAGCGUCUUGGAGAGAAUCAAGCACUGAUCUUCAGAGAGAACACACUUGCCACUAAAGCCAUAGAUGAAUAUAUGAAACUGGUUGGACAGAAAUACCUCAUUGACACACUAGGGGACUUCAUCAACCGUCUUUAUACGAUAAUGGAGAGCUGUGAAGUUGACCCUCGUAAAUGCCAAUCCUCUGACCUCUCAAACAACCAGAAGCACAUGAGGGAAACCUGUGAGGAAGUGGUGCAGAAAAUUAUUAAAUUCCAUGGAGCCUUUCCUGAAGAAUUACACAAGAUCUUCUCCAGCUGGGUGGAGCUGUGCGAAGACCAGGGCAGACCAGAGAUUGGCCAACGUCUCAUCACUGCUUCCCUCUUCCUCCGCUUCUUGUGCCCUGCUAUCCUCAGUCCUUCUCUUUUUGGUCUGACACAGCCUUAUCCAGAGCCAAACACCUUGCGUACCCUCACUUUAACUGCCAAAGUCAUUCAGAAUCUGGCCAACUUCACCCUGUUCGGAGAGAAAGAGGAGUACAUGCUCUUUAUGAACGAAUUCCUGGAGCAGCACUGGGAUGGAAUGAGGGGCUUUUUACAAACUGUCUCCAAUCCAGACACAGACAACACAAUGACUUCCUUUGAUGGCUAUGUGGAUCUGCCUCUGCGCUUGGCUGUGCUACAUGGCCUGCUGGUAGACAUUAUCUAUCAGAAGAACCAGGAUACGAUUGACAAGCUGCACCCACUGCCUUCAAUUCUGAACCAGAUAACAGAGUCACUGGGCCCUGAAGCACAACGGAUCAUAGUUAAAAAUGAAACGGGACAAAUCAAGCCAAUCUAUGUCCCUCCUAGAGACCUGAGCAAAUACAGCCCUCUCCAAUCAUCCCUCCAGCAGCUUCCUCAGGACUCCAAAGGCCUACGAGAUGGGGAUGGCAGACAUCAGAGAAGUAUGAGAGAAAGGAAGCCUGUCUCCAGAACUCAGAGUGCCCCACACAGACGUCCUGGUCAAACAAAACAUGCUCUGAAGAGGCAGAUAAGUUCUGAAGCUCUGCCAACUGAUGAAAAUGAACCUGAGACUCAGACUGAGACUGAGAAUGAGACUGAGACCAACCAACCACUUAUCUCAUCACCAAAAACUAGUGAGAGUAUUAAACGUCCACCUGCACCAGUUCCCUGGAUCAAAGACAUACACAACAGGGAGCCCAGUGAGAUGAAGACUCAGAAUGAACAACUGAGCUUACUAGAUAGGCAUGCUCAGGAACUGUCAGAGCUUCGUCUGGGGAUAGAGCAGGUGACGGAGCGUGAGCUGGAUAUGGCAAAGCGGCUUGAGGAUUUCAUUAUUCAAAGCCAGGACCAGAAUGCAAUGCUGCAGACUGAGGUGAACGAACUUCGGAAUCUGCUUGCUGUGCGAGAAGAGCAACUCGCCAGCGCCACCUUCAGGUUGGGUGUGAUUGAGGAGGAGAGGGAGGAGGAUGAGAGGAAACUGAAUGUUGCCAUUGCAGCAGCUGAGCGAAUGAACGUACUGGAGGAGCAGUUUGCAGGCUUGGUGAAUGAACUUCACCAGCUCAGUGAGACCCACAACAGUGGCCAAAACAACAUACAGAAUCCUGAAAGGCCACACAUCAACAGCAACUGAACCCUGAAAGAAAAAAAGGGUCCGAGCUACAGUAUCACAACAAUUUUGUAUAUAUAAAAGUAUAAGUAGUUAAUAAGUAGUAAAUGUAAAAACCCCAACCUGACGUCACAAUGUUGGUUUCCUAAUUAAAUGUAAGUUUAUUUCAUGAACAUAUUCAGCAUGGAUGUGAGUGAGACAAUUCUCACAGAAGUGAACAUGAAAACUACUGGAUGUGUCUGCAUUUCAGCUUUUAAUGUAUCUCAGCUUCAAAUGUGUUUGAUUUGUAAAACUUUCUGAUAAA